AUCACCUGACAGUGAGACUCUUUCCUCUCUAUUUGGCUCACACUACAUUCUCUUCUCCUUUGUCUGAUCGUCAAUCUAUGAAGUGGCCAAUCCAACUGCUGGAGGGAUUUUUCUUGGGAAAUUACAGUUGAUUCAUGUAUUGAUUGACGAACGAUGAAAGGCGCAACAGAUCAGGUUAGUCACACCAAUAACACCAUAUCAGAUUAGACCUAAACAAAGCAUUGUUUGGUUACCCAAUUGCAAUUUUAAUCUCUCUGUGAAGUGAUCAAUCAUCUAAUACUGGAAAGGAUCUUUCUUCCUCAAUUACAGAUUGUGUAUAGCACUUGUUCGUUGAUCUCCUUGAUCUUUGUUUGAUGGCUGCUAUGGCAUCCUUAGAAGCCUCCUCAACUCGGUGUUCUUAUCAAGUUUUCUUGAGUUUCAGAGGCAAGGACACUCGGAAGACCUUUACCGAUCACCUUUAUAGAGCUCUGCUAAAUGCAGGAAUACACACAUUUAGGGAUGAUGAUGAACUUGAGAGAGGAGAUGAUAUCUCCUCAAGACUAAUAAAAGCAAUCGAAGAGUCGAGGGUUUCAAUAAUUGUCUUCUCAAAAGACUAUGCAUUUUCAACAUGGUGCCUUGAUGAACUUCUAAAGGUCCUUGAACGCAAGAAGAGUGUUGGUCAUGUGAUUCUGUCCGUGUUCUACCAUGUGGAUCCAUCUGAUCUAAAGUCGCUAAAUGGAAGUUUUGGUGAUGCAUUUGCAAAACACGAAAAAAGAUUGGAGUCGAAGUCCAAUGAAGAAAAAGAGAAGGGAAUGGACAAGAUAAAGAGGUGGAAGGAAGCUUUGGGAGAAGUUGCAGGUUUGUCAGCACAUGUUUUAGGAGAGGAUGAAUACGAGACAGAUUUUAUUCAAAAAAUCAUUGAAGAUAUUGGAAACAAAUUGAAUAACAAAGUCUUAUGUGUUUGUCAGUACCCAGUUGGAAUGGAUUCUCGUAUAAAAGACAUUAAUUUGUGGUUACAAGAUGGAUCAAGCAAAGUUGUCAUAAUGACAAUCUAUGGGAUGGGGGGCAUAGGGAAGACGGCCAUUGCCAAAACUUUGUAUAAUCUAAACUUUGACAAAUUUGAAGGUAGCAGUUUUCUUGCAAAUAUAAGAGAAACAUCAAAAGAGCCCAAAGGUUUGGUCAGUUUACAAAAACAACUUCUUUCAGAUAUUUUAAAGGGAAGAAAGGUAAAAAUUAGCAAUGUUGAUAGAGGAAGUGUAAUGAUCAAAGAUCAUAUUUGCUUGAAAAGAGUUCUACUUGUUCUUGAUGAUGUGGAUCAAUUAGAUCAAUUAAAUGCAAUGCUCUCAACAAGGGAUUGGAUUAAAAGAGGAAGUAAAAUUAUCAUAACAAGUAGACAUAAGCAAUUACUGAAGGCACAUGAAUUGUAUGAGACUCACUGUGUUGAGCAAUUAGGGAAUGAUGAAUCGUUACAGCUGUUCAGUUGGCAUGCCUUUGAACAAGACCAUCCCGUCGAAGCUUACAUGGAACAAUCAAUAAAGGUAGUGAAGUAUUGCGGAGGGCUUCCUUUAGCUCUUGAAGUUUUGGGUACUUCUCUAUCUGGAAGAAGUGUAGAUUUGUGGGAAAGUGCAGUAAAGAAAUUGGAAGGAAUUCCUAAUAAAAAGAUCAUAGAAAAGCUCAAAAUUAGCUUUGAUUCUUUAGAAGACGAUCACGACAAAAAUUUAUUCCUCGACAUUGCUUGUUUUUUUGUCGGAAAGAACCAAGAUUUUGUAAUUACAGUACUCGAUGGUUGUGAGUACAGCACAAAAUUUGGGAUUGACAACCUCAUUAAAAGAUGUCUGUUAAAUAUAUACAACAAGAAGCUGACAAUACCUCAGUUGCUACAAGACAUGGGAAGAGAAAUAAUACGCCAAGAAUCACCAAAGGAGCAAUGGAAACGCAGCAGACUGUGGCAUCACGAGGAUGCCUUAAAUGUAUUGAGAGAAAAAACUGGAACAGAAGCCAUUGAAGGUCUCAUCCUCAACUUGCAUGGAAGCAAAUCAUUGGAGCGGCACAGACUAACUUCCACUUUGACAGAGUCAUCUUCCACACCAAAUGAAGAAGACUUGCAAACUGAUGCAUUUUCAACGAUGCACGCUCUAAGACUGCUCCAGCUCAAUAAUGCAAGGCUCGCUGGAAACUACGAAAAAUUUCCUAAGAAGUUGAUAUGGUUGUGUUGGCGUGGGUUCUCUUUGGAAAUUAUACCCAUCGAGUUUCCUCUAGAGAGCUUAGUUGUUCUUGAGAUGACAUAUAGCAGCUUGAAACAAGUUUGUGAGGAAACAAAGUUUUUCAAAUCACUGAAAAUCCUCAAUGUCAGUCAUUCCCAUGGGCUUACUAGUACCCCUAAUUUCUCAAAGUUGCCUAAUCUUGAGAGAUUGAUCUUUAAAGAUUGCAUAAAUUUGAUUGAGGUUGAUGAAUCGAUUGGAGAAUUGGAGAGACUAGUUCUGGUGAAUCUAAAAGGUUGCAGAAAACUCAAAUCACUUCCAAAGCUUCCAACGAGUUUAAAUUACUUGGACAUACGCAAUUGCAGGUCAAUGGAAAUGGUAGCAAAUUUACCAAACAUGUUGGGUUCACUGCUGUUUAUCAUGCUCGGUUGUGGCAAACUAGUUCAAGUCGAGGGAGUGUUCAAGUUAGAACCCAUAGGAACUGUUGAUGCAGAAAUUAUCAACAUUUUGGGCUUGUCCAACUUCGAAUUACUAGGAAAUGUCAAGGUGAAUUUGUACAGUAACAUGACAUUUACAGAAAGGAAAGUUCGCCUCCAGGGGCUCUAUGAAUUUGGAAUGUUUAGCACAUUUCUUCCAGGGAAUGAGGUUCCAGUCUCGUUUAGCCAUAAGAGCACCGAGUCUUCAAUAUGUUUUAACAUGCCUUCAAUUCCUAAUCUCGAGGUUCAAGGCUUGAAUGUAUGUGUUGUCUAUGCACAUGCUGACCGCCGACAUUCCAGUUAUAUGAGAGAAAUGUAUUGGAAUCUGUUAUAUGUUACAAGUAGCAAUGAGACCAAGGGUCUGAGUUGUACAUAUAGGCCAACCUUCAUAGGAAUUCCGGAUGACAACAAACAUAUGAUAUGGUUAUGCCACUGGAAGCUGGGGAAUACGUUGGAAGUCGGCGACACAAUGAAAGUUUCAGUAGGUUCAUGGGCUUAUUUGAAGAUAAAGGAAUUCGGAAUCGAUGUUGUGUACGAGCAUAAAAAGAAUGGCAUCUCAAACAACACCAAUGUUCGUUGUCAAGAAGAAGUCAAUGAUGGAGCGCUGUCAACAUAUCACUUGGGAGGCAACUCCCUAUGCAAUUUUAUCCAUCAAAAACGCUUCACAGGUAAAGAUAGCAGUUAACACAAGAACAUGCAACUGUUUAUUAGCAAUUCCAAGGCUAAGAAAUAGACUGCAAGACAUUUGAAAUCCCAAGGUAAAGAUUGCGCAAGUCCUGGUAUUUCAUUCCAAGAUAUUCUUUUAUCCUGUGGGUAGCAGCUAGAAAUUGACUGCGAACUAUGGAUCUUCUAGUGCAGUGCGGAGUAGCUCAGAAUGAUAUAUGUAUCUUAUGCAGAGGAAGCUAAACUGUGAAUUAUCUGUUUUUUCAGUGAUCUUAUUCUCCCAAGGUUUGGAAUAUACUUGCCUCAGUGGAGGGAUUGCCUCGAACUCAUACCCUAAAUUUGAAUAAUUCCCUAUCUCGUGGACACAUUCACAAAUGGUUUUAUUUUCUUGUGACUGCAAAUAAUACUUAUGAUGGCUACAGAAGGAUAAAAGACAAUGCCAUGAAAAUUAUAUUACCAAAACUUUGUAAAUGAUGAGAUAUUGUGGCACAGGACUAUAGUAGUUUGCCGGCUAGAUCCCAUCAUAACUUUGAUAGAGAUUUGUAAGUACAACGUCUGCUUUAGGAAAUAUUUUUCAUGUUUCUUGUUCUUUUGGUUUAAUUUACAUGUACUAGUUCUGUUGAUGGAAGAAAAGAAAACCUAAACUUAAGCUGAUCUCCUUUUCAUGAUUUGGCAAUGAAGAGAGAAAGUAUCCUGGCUAACAAGCUAAUGCUAAAUGUUCUUUUUAUGUUCUUCUA